AUGGAGAAUUCUGAGUGGUUGGAGUUCGGGCGUACUUCUCUUACUUCUCCGCAUCUAAUUCCCGGAUCCAGUUUCUUUGGUUACAAUGGCGCCUACAAUGCACUGGAAUGUGCUUCUGGACAAGGUAUGAACAACAUAGCCCUUGGUUGGAUCACACUCACUAAUGCCGUAAAUGGUCUGGCUACCUCCAUGAUCUCCUCUGUAAAUCGCGAAAGGUCACUGAUCAUCGUGAUUCAAAUGAUCUACGAAUCGAUUAGAUUCGCCCGUAUCUCUGACCUUCUUACUGCCACGUUCAGCAACAACAGUUCUUCGCCACUUCCUGAUUAG